AGACGUGCGCCUGCGCGUGGCAUCUCCUUCGCAUCCGGGCCGGAGUUCUCCUGCCCCCUCCCCCGCCCGGCGCCGCCGUAGCACUUCGGUGCGUUGCACCGCGGGAAUCUAGGCAGUUCGGUUCGCGGCUAGGCGCUGGACCCCACCCGGUGGGCGACGGGCAGCGUGCUUGCGCCUGUGCGCCUGGGCCCUCGCCGCUGCCCCGCCGGGAUCUGGGGAGGUACGGUGCCUGGCCUCUCGGUGCAUCGCUGCUCCGGGCGCCGCAGCCCGCAGCGGUCUGCCUUGCUCGGCCCUGCCCCUCCCUAGGGGCGCAGGCCGUCGGUGAUCGCCCACCGCCCAGCUCAGCGGAGCAGGGCUGCGGUGCGGCGUCCAGCGCGUUCCCGCAGCCGGCCCUCCGGCCUGCCUUCCCCGCAGGCAGCCCGCACCUUGGAGGGAGGGAGCAGUCUGUGCCGACACCGGCGCGGCCAGGCGGGGAGAUGAGCUUCUUCGGCUUCGGGCAGAGCGUGGAGGUGGAAAUCUUGUUGAAUGAUGCGGAGAGUAGGAAGCGAGCGGAGCACAAGACAGAGGACGGGAAGAAGGAGAAAUAUUUCCUCUUCUACGACGGGGAAACCGUCUCGGGGAAGGUGAGCUUAUCUCUGAAGAACCCCAACAAGCGACUAGAGCACCAGGGCAUCAAGAUCGAGUUCAUUGGGCAGAUCGAACUCUACUAUGACCGUGGGAACCACCAUGAGUUUGUAUCUCUGGUGAAGGACUUGGCUCGGCCAGGAGAGAUCACCCAAUCCCAGGCCUUCGACUUUGAGUUCACGCACGUGGAAAAGCCGUAUGAAUCCUACACGGGACAGAACGUAAAGCUACGCUAUUUCCUUCGAGCCACCAUCAGCCGCCGCCUCAACGAUGUUGUCAAGGAGAUGGACAUUGUAGUUCACACACUUAGCACGUACCCCGAGCUGAACUCAUCCAUCAAGAUGGAAGUCGGGAUCGAGGACUGCCUGCACAUCGAAUUUGAGUAUAACAAAUCCAAAUACCACUUGAAAGAUGUCAUUGUAGGGAAGAUAUACUUCCUGCUGGUGAGAAUCAAAAUCAAGCACAUGGAGAUAGACAUCAUCAAACGGGAAACGACAGGCACCGGUCCCAAUGUAUACCACGAGAACGACACAAUAGCCAAGUAUGAGAUCAUGGAUGGGGCACCAGUUCGAGGUGAGUCCAUCCCCAUCAGGCUCUUCCUGGCAGGAUAUGAGCUCACGCCCACCAUGCGGGACAUAAACAAGAAGUUCUCUGUGCGCUAUUACCUCAACUUGGUGCUGAUUGAUGAAGAGGAACGGCGUUACUUCAAGCAGCAGGAAGUGGUGUUGUGGCGGAAGGGUGACAUCGUACGGAAGAGCAUGUCUCACCAGGCAGCCAUUGCCUCACAGCGCUUCGAGGGCACAACCUCCCUGGGUGAGGUGCGGACCCCCGGCCAACUGUCUGACAACAACAGCAGGCAGUAGGCCCCAGGGGCCAAGAAGUUGCUGGGCUUCCACUGCGGCACCCCCGUCUACCAAACACCAGCGACUGGGGGAGGGGGGAGAACGGUGUGAGGCUCCACCGACCGUUACUCGCAACCUUGAAAACAAAUCAUGUUUUUUACUUAAAUUCUUUUCUCUGAAGAACCUAAGGGGCUUGGGUUGGGCAGCAGUCUCUCUGGGAGUCUGCGGCCUAGGUAGGGAUAGGGAGAGGAAACAUUCUGGAAGCUAGUCUCUCCCUUGGGAAUGAGAGCUGUCUGUCAAGGCUAUCUCAAGCCUUAAAGCAGAGUUGAGAGCACACAUCCUUGGCUCCAGGUUCUCUGGGCUUCCUGAUACAGAGUUGAGCGUGUCCCUGGCAUUCACCUGCAGGGCUCUGGGUAGUCAUGUCUUACACUCCCUUCGACUGUUCCUGAGGUAGUGGCAGAAGUUGUUGGGCCUGUCUCAUCCAAGUUGGAAGAAGACUCAAGAUUGGGAAGCUACCUCUCUGGGCGUCUGGGACGUGGUGCUCUGAAGUUUCCAGUCACCCCUGGUCUUUCUCCAUCUCUAGCUUGUCAGGAACCAUACAGGAGCAGAGCCUAAGGAAGGUUCUGGGGCUGACUGUCCUCUCACUUGUGAGAGAUACGGGCACAGAGGAGCCCUGAGACUGGUGUCACACACGGAUGGCCAGGAGGCUGAGCUAGGUCUCCUGGGGCAAACAUCAGGCAAGGCAGCUGUCUGCCUUCACCACCUGACUCCACUUGGCAACCCAAAGGCCGGGUUGUUGUAGGCAAUUACGUUAAGUUACCCAACAAGCCCUAAGCAGAGGGUCCGAUUCCUUUACUAUAGAACUUAGAAGAGGCUGAGGUCCAUUUGCCUCCCUGAACGGGAUCUGUUGAUAUACUCCUUGUCCUCCACUUGACUUCUGGAAUUGGGCUUGGUUUCAGGCACUUAAAAGUUUCGUUCUUGCUCCCACCCCAAAGCCUUUCAUCCCACUGUCUACACGUUAAGGGAGGAAGGGCCUCUGCAGACUUUGUUACCAUAACUUCAGAAAAAUUCUGCUUGCCAAGUUAUGUCUUUAUCUUCACCAAUUCACUGACUCGAGUUUAGGACCACUAUUUUUUUUUUUUUAAUUUAAAAACAAAAUAGGAAAACUCUAGAUGUUGUCACACUAGAGAAGAGGCAAAUCUUCUCCUGCUGUGCUCGGGGCCUGCAAAGUAGUAAGGGGUUGACUGUCUUCUCUGCCUUGUCUGGGAAUGACUGGGAAUUAUCUCCCUUUGGCCGCCCUCCCCUCUACAGAAAGAGCAAGUGGAACCCAUGCUCAACAAGUACAGUAUUCGCUGGUCUGUGUUCUUGGUAAUCUGCCAAGUAAAGGGUUUGUUUCUGUGUCAUUUCAGUUAGCAUAGAAAAUGGGGUCUCGUUCUCAGAAAUCAGUGCAAUCUUGGGCUUGACAGGGCAGGGCUGAUGGAUUAGAGUUCAGAUGAAAGACACUUGGGGUGACUAGGGGUAGCAGAGCUAAGUAAAUUUUUCCCCAUGUCAGACCCCAAGUUUAGGUAUGACAUACAGUCCCCAUGGGAACAGGUUCACCCAAUCCAGCUGACCUUGGGUAUCAAGGCUGGGCCCUAGCCGAUGAGGGAGGGAGGUUCUGUGCUCUUGCCUUUAUCAGGGUGAGACUAGACUCUGCUGUGCCUCCUUUUAAUAGCUAAUCAAAAGCAUCUGUCCAUUUCUCUGCCUCUCAGCUGACAACACAAAUCCAUUGUCCAACUUGCUAACAUCUUACGCCUUUCUUCUGGGAGAACUAGAAGGUAGAGUAUGCUUUGUUUCUCUCAGGAGCUGUGCACAAGCCAGGUCUUGUUUGCUGUGACUACCCCCAUUUUCUUUUCUCUGCCACCUGUGAAAGUGUGGGGAGGCUCCUACCCCCAUCCUGUAAGGUUCCCAAACCUGGAGUGCAUAGGUACUAAACCAAGCAGUGCAACUUGUAAUUAAGAAGCUGCAGUGUUUACAUGUUUCUUAAUGUGUUGUCUUUUCAAUGGCUGUAUUUUAAAAGAACAUUUGUUUUAAUGAUGUCUCUAAUUAAAGGAAGCCCUGUGGCUUUGGAGGCAUUGUGCCCAUGGUCCACCAGA